AUGCUGCCCGUGAAAGAAGUAAAGGAAGAAAAUGACAUGAAGCCACUAACUGUAUCACCAGACUCAGAGCCAGCUCAGAAACAGCUCUGCCCACGGGGAAAAGUGAAGGACUCUAGUCACCUGAGGAAGAAGGUGCCAGGAUCCAGGAAAUGGAAGACUAAUGUCUGGGUCCACAGGCUGAGGGAAAGAAAGAACUAUGUUGUGUAUGAAGAGAUCAGUGACCGCGAGGAGGAAGAUGACUAA